AUGGAAUCUGAGUUUAACGAGAAGACGGAGCUUGGCUCCAAGGAGCACGCUGUGAACCAUGCAGAUGAUGAUCGGGAGAAGCGCAAAUCCAUUGAAGAAGCGUGCGUCCGGCGCGACUUUGAAACCCUGGUCAGGCUAGCAACCUCAACUGGCGGUCUUCUGACCGAUGAACUGCGCCGACAAGCUUGGCCUAUCUUAUUGGGCUACAGCCCGGAAGGCGAAGGAGCAGAUGGCAUAGAAGCUAGUCAAUCCUGGCGUGAGCUUCCCCGGCAUGUCGACGAGGACCAGGUCCAACUCGACGUUGCCCGUGCUUUUGUAUACUAUCCCAAAGACGAAUCCGAACAGUCCCUGGAGACGAAAAAGAAACAGCUCUCGGACCUGAUUGUAUCAACGUUGAGGAAGCAUCCCAUGCUCUCCUACUUUCAGAGUUAUCACGAUGUGGUACAAGUCCUGCUCCUUGUCCUUGGAGACGGACCCGCGGCGGCCGCGGUCUCACGAAUAUCUCUGCUUCGGCUUCGCGACUACAUGCUGCCCACCAUAGCGCCAGCCAGAAAGCACUUUGAGCUUGUCUCAGCUAUCGUGAAAUCUGCAGAUCCCGAGCUGGCUGAACACAUCUCGCAAGCUGAGAAUAGCUUCGCCUUGUCGGCCACCCACUCCUUAUUCGCCCAUGACAUCCAAGACUAUGGCGACAUUGCUCGGUUGUACGAUUUUCUGCUUGCACACGAGCCAGUCAUGACCAUCUAUCUAUUUGCUGCCAUUACGAUAUCACGACGCUCGGAACUGCUCGAGAUGCCUGCAGAUGAGUCGGACAUACUCACCUUCAUGAUAUCGAAGCUACCGAAGUCCCUAAAUAUUGACGCGUUGAUCUUGGAUACUCUUACCCUGUUCCGCCAGAACCCACCGGAACAACUCAAUGGCUUCAUUUGGUGGCGAGUGUCCCAGUACAGCGUCCUCAAGACAUCGCGCGAUAUCAGCCGCCCCCACAGCCUCGCGGAAGCCCAAAUGCUCUGCCACAAGCAGAUUGCCCAAUUACGCAGGGAUGAAUCAAUGAAGAAGACUGCAAGGUUGCUCCUGCAGCACCGAAGACCCAUCUUUUCCUUGACUGCCGCCCUUCUGGUCGCCGCAAUGUCGGUCUGGUUCCGGAAGAGUGGGCAGGACAAAUUCCUCUGGACUCUAAUCUCUUCAACCUCGCAUCUGUUUUCGAAAGCACGGUAG